AUGAGUACAUUAAAAGAUAAUGGUUUACUUCUUCUUCCAACCGGUGAACAACAAAUUAUUGUAUGCGUUGCUUGUCGUAUUCGUCCAAUGACAGAAGAUGAAAUCAUUCAAGGUGGUACAAUCAUCGCUCAUAAAGUGGCAGACGAUAAUAUGGUUGUUUUACUUGAUCCCGAAGAAGAUCCAGAUGAUAUUUUAAGAGCAAAUCGCUCUCGAGAGCGUAAAUAUAUGUUUGAUAUCGUGUCUGAUGCAAGAGCAGAUCAACAAGAAGUAUAUGCUGCCACUGCCAAAAUCCUACUGGGAAGUGUCCUCGAAGGCUAUAACGCCACCGUUUUUGCUUAUGGAGCAACAGGUGCUGGUAAAACAUAUACCAUGUUGGGUACGGAAAAUAAUCCCGGUGUCAUGUAUCGUACGUUGCAUGAUUUAUUCGUUGAAAUAAAACAAUUUCAAGGAAAACGGGAAUAUCAAGUAUCAAUGUCCUAUCUGGAAAUAUACAAUGAAUUAAUAAGAGAUUUAUUAGUACCAUCAACAUCCUUCUUAGAAUUGAGAGAAGAUGCAAAAGGAACAAUACAAGUUGCUGGAUUAUCAGAAGUAGUUGCUAAAACACCGGAAGAGGUAAUGGAAAUGUUACACAAAGGCAAUCGUGCACGAACACAAGAACCAACAAAAGCAAAUAAAACAUCAUCAAGAUCACAUGCUGUUUUACAAGUUAAUAUCAAACAACGAGAUGUAACAAGAUCUCAUACUGAACAAGUUCGUUUUGCAAAACUGUAUAUGAUUGAUCUUGCUGGUUCGGAGCGAGCUGCUCAAACACAAAAUACUGGCCGUCGUAUGAUGGAAGGAGCACAUAUAAAUCGCUCAUUAUUAGCACUUGGCAAUUGUAUAAACGCUUUAAGUGAAAAGAGUAAUACAAAAUAUGUCAAUUAUCGUGAUAGUAAAUUAACAAGGAUCCUAAAAGAUUCAUUAGGUGGAAAUUCUCGAACAGUUAUGAUUGCACAUGUUAGCCCAGCAAGUGUCCACUUUGAAGAAUCUCGAAAUACAUUAAAUUAUGCUGAUAGAGCAAAAUAUAUAAAGACUAAAAUUCGUCGUAAUGUUAUAGAUGUAUCCUAUCAUAUUGCACAAUAUCAACAAAUAAUUCAAGAUCUCCGAAAUCAAUUACAAUUAUUAAGAGAACAAAAAGAUGAUUUCGAAAUGCGUUUAUCCGUCUCGAAUGAAGCAAGAUUCAGUCGUCUGAGUGAUAAUACAACUGACCGUUUACGUGUAGAAGAAAGCUUAAAACUGAGAGAAAAUAUAUUACAAGCAUAUAAAAAACAGAUAGACGCGCGACGAUCAUUAUUGGAAAUCGAAAAUGCACUAAUGGACAUUACCCAUGAAUGUUCAAGAAAUGACUCAAUUUUAGAACACUACGAAUCGAAUAAAGAAAAUAGUCCACGAAGUAGAAAACAAACAUUCGACAGUGGUUUAGAACCGGAAAAUGUUCAACGAGCAAAAGCCGAAAUAAAAGUACUAGAAAUUGAACGAUCAAAAUUAGAAAAACAACGUAAAACACAGUUAAAAGAAUUUGAUACAUCAAAAUCGGAUGCUAAAAAACUUUAUGAAAAAGUAUCAAAACGUUUAUCAAGUCAAGAACAACGUGAAUUACUUCGAUUAUUGACACAAAAUUUUGAAUUUGAAAUGAAAAAUAUUGAAUUACAAGCUGAUGUAUUUGUUAGAGAUUUUUCUAUAAAACAUAAAGAUUUACAAUUAUUAAGAAUGUCACAACAUCGAAGUUUAUGUGAUACACUCAUUUAUCAACAACGACGAUUAAUACAAGAAAAUAAGAUACUUGUACCGUCUGACCUUGAAGAAUUGUACCAGUUGUACUCACGUGAUAUCGAUGAAGGACAACUGAUGAAGGAUUUGGCAGCACAUUCGCCACGUACCUUGACCAAAAUUGGUCUUAAUGUUUCUCAACUUCCUAUAUUGAGUCAAAUAGCAGAAGAAGAUUUAACAAGUGCUUCAACAUCUGUGACAAGUUUCCAUUUACCACCGAAUAAUCAACGAUUACGUGCAACCCAUGGCGUAACAUCAAAUUUAUUAAAUAAUCGUACAUUAUCUGAUCAAGAACUUUUUACUCAUGUAAGCGAAAAUGACAUAAAUAAUAUAAACUUGAACGAUAGUGGUACGACACAAGCAUUAAACGCUCUUAUGAUGAAACCAACGACCACUAAUAAUACUACGAAUAAUAAUAAUAAUAACAAUAACAAUAACAAUAAUAAUAAUAAUAAUAAUGCACCGUUGUCUUAUGCACAUUUUAAUUUUGAUGGAAAAUUAGCAAAAGGAAAUUCAUUAGUCAGUAUGAGUAGUGAGAGUGCCGAUGUACCAAUUGAUUCGCAAAUACAACGACGAAAAUUUUCAUCGCCCGAUGGUGGCGCCGCUACAGGAAUAAGGAGUAAUGAUGCAUCACCAUCAUUGUACAAUAAAAAUGGGACAACAACAACAACAACUGGUGGACAAGGACAACAACAACAAGCAAAAGGAAGAUUACGAAAACAGACACAAGAUAUUGCAGCACGAGCAGCUCAACGUCGAGCAAACUUACAUCAUCGAGAAUUGAUGGAAGACCUUGGAUAUGAUCCAAAUAUAUCAAAAGAAAAUACAUCAUCUGUAUUUGGAUUAGAAGUUACAGGGAUGAAACCAAAGAAAACUGUGACAAUUAAAGAUCCAAAUCCCGCAAGAAAUCGACAAAUUGAUCGAACCCAUGAUCUUCGACGAACCAAUUCAGAUUCACCGGAAUUAAAAAAGACAAAUGAUCUAUUCUUUCCAUCCUCAUAUCAACGUUCUACGAAACCAAGCAAGAAACGCUCAACCUCUAAUGGUUCAUCCAAUUCGUAUAGUAAUCCACGUUCAUUAAUUCCUAUCGCUAACAUCGUUGUACCACGAGAACCCUUUUAA